CCGAAAUUAGGUAUCAUUGCCAAGCCUGAUUAUCAGAGCUGGUAUGAUCUGGUUAAUAAUUACAGCGGCAGAUCAGAGAGUGGGACUACAGCAUCGCCUUUGACGCAUCUGAGGAAUCUGUCGCCACUCAAAUGAUCGUGCCAAAUACCGAGCACCCAUGCACCCUCCUCCUGGGCGUCAGUGGAGGAGAGCGUAUGGUUUCCGGAUGACGAAUGGAUGAAGGCCGGCCACCAAGAAUUGGAGCCCAAACUCAUUGACCACUCUAUGAGAGCUGCACUUGAGGAUCCGUACAGCGCCGUCAAUGAAGGCUACAUCAAGCUCCAGGGAGAUGCCUUACGAUAUCUGGAUCUGCCUUCGAAAAGGAAGAGACGCACAAGCUCUCAAACUGAAGUUGAUAAAAUGGAGCUAUUCAGUACUGGACCAGGGUGGCUUGGUCUCCUGAGUCCAGCUGAGUGCCGAAUCUACUCGCAUUCUUGCUUCGAAACCGGCAUACAAAUAGGUCAGAGAGGGACGAUGGGGUUGGUGGCGAGACGGACACCGCUGGGAAACCUACCUACGAAUCGUUCUGGCUCCUUUUCUAUCCAACGGAGACAGAUGGUACAUACUUUAGGGCAGGGUUAUAUAUCGAAAAGGAAAGCAUUGAGACCAUUCGAGGUGACUUGGGGGGGAAGAAAUGUGACAGUUGUGUGAUGAGCACAUGUAAAAUUGUAGUAUUGCUUGGAGCUACUCUAUGGUAAAUUAGCAAGGUCCACUAGUGUCUCAUAUAUCCAGAAACUUCUCUUAGCUUCCAUUUUCAUGAAAGCCGUCUCAUCGGGAACAGGUUUUCACUAGACCAGUGCAUCUAGAAGAGAAUCAAGCGUGUUGAUAUAUUAAUAAUACAAUUUUUCACCAGAGAUGUCCGGAUUAAAGUAAUAUCGACAAAACUGCAAAACACAGAUCACGGGC